AUGGAGUUCCCCGUGUUUGUGGCCUCCGAUGUUCACGGCGAGAAGGUGAACCUCGCGCUUCGCUACAAUCCACGCACAACAACGGUAGAUUGUUUUCUGAGCGCCGCGUCGCGCUGCUUUGAUGACGUCGCGCAUCUAAUGCGUCAAGGCUCUCUUCAACCAUUUUCUGCUGCCUACAUCUACAGAGAUGUUCAGUGCCAGUGGGACGUGCUAGAGGAUCGCACCCAGCUUUCACCCUUCUGCCAGGUAUAUGUGUUCCGCCAGCUGUUCAACGAGGUCGUCGCGGCGAUUCCCGACCCUCUGGAUGCGUCGCAGCUACUCUCGGUGCACGACAGAAAAGCCGACCGUGCGACUUCGUGUACAGGUGCACCGUUUUUACCGGGCUCGCCACCGCUGAACUCAUCCACAUCGACCUCGCCGAUCCGUGUCGCCGACAACCACUGGGCACUUUCGCAAAGCCGCCAGCAUCCCGAGACGGCGAGGCCUCGCUUUGGGGUGCCGUCGCUGCUGUGCAAGAGUGACAGCCCAGUGGUACAUGCAACACACCCGACAAGAUCAGACAGAGCAACUCAUAUCGGUGAUGAGGCAAACGGUUUCCAUCAUGUACGGUCCGCGGACAGAGUCGCGGCAUUCCACUGUAUGAAGUCACGCCGCUUUCGUCUGCAGAUCGUCUCCCCUCCAGUGGACACUUAG